AUGAGCGAGGGUCGCGCAAGGACUGGAGGAACUGCGCAUGCGCAGAAGGCGGCCCGCGCGGGCCGAGGAGACCGCACGCGCCUGCGCGCUCCGCCCCGGGGGGUUGGGGGGGGGCGUCAGCCUUUUCCCUCCCGGCAGGUGAGAGGCCACCCGGCUGGCCGCUCCCUGGCCCCGCCCCCUGCGCGGCUCACCCGCCAGGCGUUGCUAUGGGGAUCCAGCGGCCGCGGCCGGCGGCCUGGGACUGCGCCACCUCUGCGGACCAGGCGCCGGCGACAGCGGGAGGUCAUGGAGCCCCCGAGAAGCUCGGAUGUGGAGGCCCGGAGGCUGAAGGGCUUGGGCCGCUGCCGGCAAUUCUUCUGGCUGGGCGUCGCCUUCGACGCAGUGGGCGCGACGGUGCUGUUCGUUGGGAUCUUCUCCGACCUCAUCUUCUACGACUUGCUCCUCUACCUGGGUUCCAUCAUCAUCUUCCUCAGCCUCCUCUGGUGGGUCUUCUGGUACACGGGCAACAUCGAACUGAGCCCCGAAGACACCUGGAAGAGGCCCAUCCGCAUGGGCACGCUGGACCAGCACUUCUCCUUCACCUUGAACCUCACCAACACGCUGGCGCGGUUCCGACGGGACCACCGCAGGAGACUCUUCCAGAAUACCACUAACAUUCAGAGUCCGUCCUUCUCCAUCCAGGUACCCGACCCGCUAGCAAAAGAGGACCAGGUCCAGGACAAAGGCAGAAGGAAAAGUGUCAGAUACAGAGACGAGGCUAAUGCCUCAGGCAGAGAGGAUCUGGGCCCGGAACCCGAAAUGGAAGCUGUAAAACGUUCAGAAAGAGUUGGCCCCCCAGGCCCUGAGGCUGGUCCUCUGGGCCCCGAGGCUAGACGAUCAUCAGGCCAUCUGGUGCAUCCCAAGUUCACGCCAUCAGAAGUUCUGGACCACCCAUUGCCUCCCGACAUUGCCUCCUCUAAGAGCCUGACUGUGGUCUCAUCAUCCUCUGUUAGUCAGCCUCUAACUAUUAAUUAUUCUAAGAGCCUACCUACUUCGUUGACCUCUGAGAGCAAUCCUCUAAUCACUAUUACCUCUGUGAGCCUGCCUGGUGUCCCCUUGCCCUCUUCAGGUCAGCCUCUGGACACUCUGGCCUCUGAUAUCGAGACUGUAGCUUCCGGGGUCUCACAAAACUACCCCCUGGUGCAUGUGGCUGCAGUGAGCCAUUUCCCGACCCCAGUAGACUCGGAGAGGGAUUUCCAGAGUCAUUCUCUAGACACUCAAAAUCAGGCUUCCCAAACCCACCUUACACCAGGCACAUUUUUUCAGACCCAACCUGUGCACCCAUGGGUCACCGUGGCUGACCAGGACUUUCAGUCCCUGUAUAAUACCCAACCGUCCAGUAUGGUUCAAGAGAUUGAGCGCAGCCAAUUUCCACUUUCCCAGGAGCCAUCAGGGGGCCAGGAACUAAGCCAGGAAGUCCCUGACACCAUAUCCCAGCUCCCGGAGUCUGAGUCGGUGGCUCCAGCUACUGAGGCCCAGAAGUCAAUGCCCCAUGAGAAUGUGCCUGCCCCUACCACCCAAAAUGGUGGCCAUCUCUAA